GAUUUGAAUGUCGCCUGCACAAUAGGCAUCAAAUAUUCAUAACAUUACUCUAGGAAGCUACGAAGUGUUUAAGCAAAGAAGAGUUCUUCAAGGGUAAAGGGUAAACCAAGCAGUGAUCCCUGUAAAGAAAAGAAAAAACGGAGGUAAUGGGGGUUAUUUUCCGGUGCGGCCUUCUAGCGUCCCUCAUAUGCAGUGUUCUGUCUGCUCCCGGUAAGCCAACACCUGUCAAACAAGACGAUGAUAGUCAAUUCAAGAGCCUCGUGAUUCAGGGCGUGGCCAAAUACAAACCAGGAGGGGGGUCAAUGGUGCUAAGUCUCAUCAUACAAGGAGCCCCGGGGCUCAUGCCGGGAGGAGCGGCUACUACACCCGGUCCCAGCUCGGCAGCUCCAACCUCGGCCGCACCCACUUCGGCAGGACCCACUACAGGGGGCCAGACCUCGGGGUCUACCCCUGGGGGCACCACGGCUGCACCGCAAACCACACCCGGCGGUGCCACUUCUGCAGCCUCCGCCACGCCCAAUGGUAACGCCCCUACGGCAAGCCCGACUAUUCCCAAGUCUGGAGCUGAUGAGGAGGCACUAAAGGCCCACAACAGAUUGCGAAAGGUCCACGGGGUCCCUGCGAUGACACUCGACAAAGAGCUGUCAAAAAAGGCGCAGGCCUGGGCCGAGAAGAUCGCUAAAGAUGGCGACGGGUCACAUGACAACAAUCGUGGAAAUGUCGGUGAAAAUUGGAACAUUGCGUGCAGACCGGAGAAGAAAUCCCCAACAGCCGCUGUGGUGACUUGGUAUAACGAGGUGUGUAAACCAGGAUACACAUUCGGUACCGAGAGCAUGGGAGCAGCCGGUCACUUUACACAGGUCGUCUGGAAAUCAAGCACCAAAAUGGGUUUUGGAAUGGCAGAGGGAACGUUCCAGAACUUCCCUUGUGUGUUCAGCGUCGCGAGGUAUGACAAACCUGGAAACUACGCGAACAGAUUCAGCAAGAAUGUGGUCAAGGGAAAUUUUGAUCGAGCAAAGUACUGCAGCAAAGUGAAGGAUCGGAGAAGACGGCGAAAAAGAUACGAUCUACCACGAUUUUAUAUACCUGAGGAUUUGAACUAAGUCACAGCAGAACGAACAUACCGUAUUUAUUAGAAGAAAAAUCGUCUGAAACACCUUAGCGCGGGCCAUCUAUGCAUCCAUAAUUUUUAUCUAAAAAAUCAUAACCAAGAAUUGUGGAUAUCAUAGCACAGAUUCCAUUCCGUUUGGCUUGACAUCAUCUCCCACUGACGAAUUUGAUAGACGAAUUUAGAUAUCUGUAAAGAUGUAGAAAUGUUUGUAAAAAACUAAAAUAAAU